AGAGUCCUCGUCCUGUUUUCAACCCUUCACCCCCUCGCCUUCUGUUCCGCAGACCACAGUCACGCUGCGUCGCUGGCUUCAGGCUGUGACAUCGGCGUCCACCGGUCCACUUUCCGGCCACUCCAGUCUCCACUCCGACUCUCCAUUCUCCAAGCCUUCAAUUCUUCUGGUUAUCACUUACGAUAGUAUUAGGUAUACCACAAGGCCAGCCCACAGGCCCAUGUUCCUUGAAGAUGGACGAACGUCUGGGGUUGGAAGUUCAGGCCCAGCGGCUCAUCCGGACGAACGUCUAUGCAGGGACAAGGAGCAGGGCCACGGGCCACCAGGGAUGACGACGAACGUCCCCAUGGCAACCCUAUGGUCAUCGGAGGAAACCCAGUACACAUGGUGAAUAUCUAUCAAGGCCAGGAGACGAACAGCCGGUAUCUCUUGAGGGUCAUUUGGAGCGAUCCAACCCACUUCCCGGGCGGACGAACGUCCCCACUGAUUAGGCGGGAAGCCUAGAUUCUGGCGGGAAGUGCAUUUAAUGCUGAAGAUUUGGUGGUUGGGGCACCAGCGGUCCACAGGCUGCCACGUCAGUACAGCCACCUGCCCAUUGGUGGGUAUAAAUAGAAGCAUUUAUUUCAUUGUAAAGGGUUGGCAACUUUCUAUUCUUAGCAUUCUAGCUUUAGCAUUCUUACUCGCAGCAUCUCUAACUGCCUUGUAAGACGAACGGCCGACGUGCCUUUUUAGCAAGUAGAUUGUACUUAGGGGGGUUAUUACGAAGUUAAUAAUACCUAUUUACAUUGCCUGCUAUUUCCU